AUGGUUGAUGAGAGGCGCCCUAGAAAGAAAGAUGCUCCUGUUCAGAUUGUCUGCUAUUCUUGUGGUGAGAAAGGCCACAAAAGUAAUGCUUGUCCCGGAGAUGUGAAAAGAUGUUUUCGUUGUGGGAAGAAGGGACAUACACUUGCUGAGUGUAAACAUGAUGAUAUUGUAUGCUUUAAUUGCAAUGAGGAAGGUCACAUUGGUUCGCAGUGCAAGAAGCCUAAGAAGGCGCAGACUACUAGUAGAGUUUUUGCAUUGACUGGUAAUCAGACUGAGAACGAGGAUCGCUUGAUCAGAGGUACUUGUUAUUUUGAUAAUACACCUUUAGGUGGGUCUUGCAAUGUCUGA